GCAUCUAUCUGUCAUCAAUGCAAAUUUCAUGUGAAUGAAUCAUUUUGGGGUCAUUCGAUCGUGAAUUUUUGGCAACUAGUCUUGACACAUUGCUCACAAAAAACACCCAAAUACCAGAAAAACAUGGCGUUUACUGUAAUAGAGACCCAGCCAAAACGGAGCACUGCUCCCAUAGAUCACGGGGGAAGGUCCAUGGAGGAAAUUAGUGACGACUAUUUCUCGAAAAUCAACCCGAUCGGGAGAAAAAUAAUCUCCGAAAAGCGGAAGUGCAUGGAGUCUCAUCGAAGGGACUGGGACCGUCUGACUCAAAAGGAAAGAGACUCGUUUUUAGAUGAGUGGUUCAUUGAUCCAACAAUUCAACUGAGGUAUGAGCUCAAGUUGGGAAAGAAAACCAACGCUGUAUCUGCCAGUUUUCCCCGAUUGAAAGUUGAGGGCGGGGGAAAGGUUGUCCACUACUCCACAGAUCAUGAGGACAGUUCAAAUAAAGAGACAGUAUCAUGGAAAGAUGAGUUUUCUGGUCCGUUUUCUUGGGAGACAAAGUGCCAGCACGAGUUGACCAUCAUGACCCCCGAGACAAUUCCAGCGACUGCAACCACAGUGCCAUCACCUUCCAUCUCCCACGACCUCAUCAAAGUCUCGGACCCAGCCGAUGAGACGGAUGCUGAGUGGUUCGCCAAGGCCCACAAGGACAAAGGCAAGCUGUCGGUCAUGCUGAUGCGUGACGUCAGCAACCGUAACAGUCUGGGUAAUAACCUCCUGGCGUCAAGCUCCGAAAGACUAGUCUUUGAUCAGGCUGUCAAUGAGGCCAAUAACAGUAAGCAGUCAAAACCCAGAAAGGAGAACAUCGCCGCCGUCACCAACAGCAGCUCUAGCAACGGCGAAAAAAAAUCAAGUCAAGGAUCCCUGGAGAAGAGGAAAAAAUCCCCCAAGAGGGAGCGCUCCGAUAAACCAAAAUCAACGCCGCCCGUGACGGCCAAGAAGAACAGCGGAUCAAAAGGUUCUACAAACAGCGGCAGCAAAGCCAAGGAGAAGGUCAGCAUACCGUCGUCGCCGAGAAGGGAGAAACCCUCCAAGAACAUCGAGAUUGGAUCCCCAAGGAGGGAGAAGGCUUCCAAGAACAGCGAGGUUGGAUCUCCGAAACGGGAGAAAGCCUCGAAGAGCAUCGAGAUGGGAUCUCCGAGGAGGGACAGCGGGUCCAAGAGGCAGCAGGCCGGGAAGAAACAGCUCCUGCCGGCGGCUCUUUUGGCCGAGAUGAAGCAAGAACUUAAGGUUCAAGAUAACAUGAACUUUGAUGCGGGGAGCAAGAGGUCGCCGCCCAAAGAGGCAGGACAGGGUGAUCAUAAGACUGAAGAAGGCGAACCAGGAAUGGAGGAAGCGGCAAGUUAUGAAUUUCUCUUUGAUUGGUGAAAAAACAAAACAUGCAUUGGUUGUAUGAUCAUUGUAGGUUAAAGUUGUGGGUAAGUGACUUGUGUGCUGUAACAGUAUGUAAUGGGAGUCAACUGCUGUUUUAUGUGUCAUUGAAAUGUGAAAGCUGUCAAAGGAUGUACAUGUACAUGUAUGUUUACAUAAACGUGUCCAGCGAGGGAUACAUAAAUGCAAAAGUAUUUAUUAGGUUGCAAUGCAAUUUAUCCAAAGAGUAUUACAUGUGAGCUGAAUACAUAUGAGACAGUGAUUUAUUAGGUUGCGAUGCAAUUUACCCAAAGUGUCAUGCCGGAGUCUUAGUGUGUUAAUGAAGGGAUUGACACAGACAGAAGGGGGAAAAACAGAACCUAAGUGCUAUUUAGUGUCAUACAAACAAAAAAUGUCCAAAGGUAAAACAUUUUGUCCGGUAAACUGUUUAUUCAACCUGCCAGGGUUCUGAUUAUGAAGAACAGGCUUGAAAUUGGGACCAACACGUAAACACAAGUUGUAAUGUACUGUUUUUUCGCCUGUUUGGGAUGAGGAAUUCUUUUAAUUAAGAACACUAAAAAUUACCAAAAUGGUAUCUGAAUUAAACAUCCACUGAGAAGUUUGCUUUGACAUUGUGUCGUACGCUUUAAAUUAAUUUGAAAAAUAUCAAAAAUCUGUAAACUACAUUAAAAAAUUGUGGUGAAAACUAGGUCAAAGUACAAUUUUUCUGGAGAGAAGCGACUUUUACAUGUACCUGAAAAAAGCUCAUCAGAAAAUAAUUGAUGAUGACUGGAACAGAUGGGUUGAAACAUUUAUGAAAUUGAGCCAUUGUGCUCUUUAUCACUGCAAAUUGCUUUCAAGAUCCUAAGUUUCUCUGAUCCAAGGUGCGUAUUAGGUGUGCAGUAUUUAGUAAUAUAUGGAGGGAGUGUUGUCUUGAAAUAGAUACGGUAACACUCACAGAAUGCUGCACUUCAAUAACAAUAAUAAUCUGCUGCUGAAAUAAUUAUGUAUUCGUUUAAACCUUUGAAUAUUCAUUUAACUCAUUUAUUUACUUUAUUGAACCUUCGCAUAAGCUCCUUUGAUGUGAAUCAGAUGGUGUUUUAAUUAUAACCUUUUUAUUUUAUUUUAUUUAAAUCUGCAUUACAUUAUCACAAUAUCUCGCUCGAAUUAGUUUUAGUCUCAUUUUUGUCUUCAUAUUUUCAAUUGAGAUAAAGCUAUUUUAUUUUUCUUCAGCCAUUACAAAUGAUAAGACAUUCUAACUAGGUAUCAAACACUUUUCUGCUAUUUGCCUCCAAAAACAAAGGGCAAGAAGCUCAUCCGUUUGUGUCUUAGAUUUGUCAAAGACAAUCCCAGCAUAUCCUUUGAAAAUGGACUAACUACAUGCUCAUACAAAUAAUAGUUUAGAUUUAUUUCAUUGACAAUCUUGUGUCUUGUCUUACUUUUUACUUGUACAGCUUUGUAUAACAUGUUUUUAUACAAUUAGCUUAAUGUAUAUUUAUUUUGUAUUACAUUUAAUUCAGUUUUUAUCUUCUGGAUUGUCAUUUGAAAAACAUGAUUUUAAAGUGCGAGUUUUUCAUUUAGGCCUUAUUACGUGGUGUACCAGACUUGAUGGCACUUUGCCACAUCAUAGUCUUCACAAAAUUAGAGGCAGGUUCGGAAGUAAAAGAAAUUUGAAUAAUUUAUGUGGUAAAAUUUGCCAUCAGGAAAUGAAACUAAGAGAAAGUACAUUUAAACAUGUAUUGUAAUAAAUGAAUGUACAAUGUGCUUGCAGAAUAAAUCAUUGAACAAAAUGUAUGGCUACAUG